AUGCACUCCGUCACCCCGCUCAUCCUCCUGGUGAUUCACCUGCUCGGUCUCAGUCAUCAGCUAGUCAGCAGCAGCAGCAUCCAGCAUCCCGAAGAAGACCGACCAGCCCAAUGGAGAGCCGAGGGCGGGAGGGAACCGGGCAGGAGCCAGCCCCAGGAGGAGCACCAGGGAAAGGCUGGGGGUUGGAAGCAGCCGGACAGCACCUCGGCCCUGAGCAAGCGGCUGCCACCCACGUCCCCAAAGGGGGCCCUCCUCUUACAGCGUGGCCGCCGGAUGCCUCUCUUUGCCAGGGAUACGCAGGGUGUCGAGGGAUCCAGGGAUGCUGGAGGAGCUGGCCUUGUGCCCAGAGAGACUGGCACCUGCCCGGGUUCAGACGAGGUCCGCCUACAGACCCCUCCCCGGGGGUCUGUGACCGCCCUGGACAGGGAGAACCACUUAGGGCGCAAGCAGCCUCUGUGCUGUGCCGCCGGGGCGCGCGGGUCCACCGCAGACGUCCCGCCAGAGCCUCCGCCCAAACCUUCUUACCAGGCCGCCAACCACCCGGUCUCAGCCCUGUUCCCCUGCCCAUCUCCCCAGUCCGUCCUCGAAACUGCCCCUCUGCGAGGGGGACCCAGUUUAACUUCUUACUCCAGCACCCUACCUGCCACCAAGUGUCAUCGCAGCCACCAGAGCCAGGCCAGUGAGAUGUGCCGUCGCCGAGGGACCUCGCUUAAAUCUUUUCUCUUACAGAUGAUAUUAACCGUGUUCUUGAGCAACAACGAGCAGAUUUUAACAGAAGUUCCCAUAACACCAGAAACAACAUGUCGAGAUGUUGUAGAAUUUUGCAAGGAACCUGGAGAGGGCAGUUGCCAUUUAGCUGAAGUGUGGAGGGGAAAUGAGCGUCCCAUACCCUUUGAUCACAUGAUGUACGAACAUCUUCAGAAGUGGGGGCCACGCAGGGAAGAAGUGAAAUUUUUCCUUCGACAUGAGGAUUCCCCAACCGAGAGCAGUGAGCAAGGUGGCCGUCAGACCCAAGAGCAGAGAACUCAGAGAAAUGUAAUAAAUGUACCUGCAGAAAAACGCACAGAAAAUGGCGAGCAACGUUUACAUUUCCUAAAGCAGCAGGAGCGCCGUCAGCAGCAGUCUAUCUCUGAAAAUGAAAAGCUUCAGAAACUGAAAGAGCGAGUUGAAGCCCAGGAAAACAAGCUGAAGAAAAUCCGCGCCAUGAGAGGACAAGUAGACUACAGCAAAAUCAUGAACGGCAACUUGUCUGCCGAAAUAGAAAGGUUCAGCGCCAUGUUCCAGGAAAAGAAGCAGGAAGUACAAAGUGCAAUAUUAAGAGUUGAUCAGCUCAGUCAGCAACUGGAAGAUUUAAAGAAAGGAAAGCUGAGCGGGCUCCAGUCUUACAACGGCAAGCUGGCGGGACCGGCAGCGGCGGAGUUGAAAAGACUGUACCAAGAGCUACAGAUUCGUAAUCAGCUUAACCAGGAACAGACUUCAAAGCUCCAGCAGCAGAAGGAACUCUUGAAUAAACGCAACAUGGAGGUGGCCGUGAUGGACAAGCGGAUCAAUGAACUGCGUGAACGUCUUUAUGGGAAGAAAAUUCAGCUGAGCCGUGUGAAUGGCACGUCGUCACCACAGUCGCCGCUCAGCACGCCUGGCAGGGUUGCUGCAGUGGGGCCUUAUAUCCAGGUCCCCAGUGCCGGUGGCUAUUCUGUCCCAGGGGACCCCAUAAAGCCCCAGUCUCUCACUAUCGCCUCAAGUGCUGCCCACGGAAGAUCCAAAUCCGCCAAUGAUGGAAACUGGCCAACGUUAAAACAAAAUUCUAGUUCUUCAGUGAAGCCGACGCAGAUCGCCAGUGUGGACUGGAAGGACUCAAACGUGGAGGGUCCUCUCAAGCAAGGGGCCGUCUCGAGCCAGCCUGUGCCCUUGUCAACUUUAGGAGCCACAGAGAAGCUGGGCGUCGAGAUCGGUAAAGUGCCACCCCCCCUCCCUGGUGUUGGCAAGCAGCUGCCUCCCAGCUACGGGACAUACCCCAGCCCUGCGCCCGUGGGCCCCGGCUCCACAAACUCCCUGGAGAGGAGGAAGGAGGGCAGCUUGCCCAGGCCCGGCGCAGGCCCGCCCAGCCGGCAAAAACCCGCCCCGCUGCCCACCUCGGGUGGCCACACGUCUGCUUCCUCACAGCAGAUUCAGCAGAGGAUCUCUGUGCCGCCGAGUCCCACGUACCCGCCGGCGGGGCCGCCUGCUUUCCCAGCCGGGGACAGCAAACCUGAACUCCCACUGACUGUGGCCAUUAGGCCCUUUCUGGCUGAUAAAGGGUCAAGGCCACAGUCCCCCAGGAAAGGACCCCAGACAGUGAAUUCAAGUUCCAUCUACUCCAUGUACCUCCAGCAAGCCACGCCUCCUAAGAAUUACCAGCCAGCGGUGCACAGCACCUUAAAUAAGUCUGUUAAAGCAGUGUACGGUAAACCCGUUUUACCAUCCGGGUCAACGUCCCCGUCACCCUUACCGUUUCUUCACGGGUCGCCGGCCACAAGCACGUCGCAGUCCCAGCCGCCUUCGGAAAGUGCUGAGAAAGAGCCAGAGCAGGACAGCCCUGCCCCUCCUGGAGACGGCGGCACCGGCACGGGCACUGUGGAGAGCCUGCCGCGGCCGCUCAGCCCCACCAAGCUCACGCCCAUCGUGCACUCGCCGCUGCGCUACCAGAGUGACGCCGACCUGGAGGCCUUGCGCAGGAAGCUGGCCAACGCGCCCCGGCCCCUAAAGAAGCGCAGCUCCAUCACGGAGCCCGAGGGCCCCGGUGGGCCCAACAUCCAGAAGCUGCUGUACCAACGCUUCAACACCCUGGCCGGCGGCAUGGAGGGCACCCCUUUCUACCAGCCCGGCCCCUCGCAGGACUUCAUGGGCACCCUGGCCGACGUGGACAAUGGAAAUACCAAUGCCAACGGGAACCUGGGAGAGGCUGGCCCCGCCCAGCCCACAGCCCCGCUUCCCUCCGAGCCUGCCCCGUCUUCGGACGCCAAUGACAAUGAGCUCCCUUCCCCUGAACCGGAGGGGCUCAUCUGUCCCCAGAGCACCCACCAAACGGCCGAGCCUGCCGAGGACGACAACAACAACGUGGCCACAGCCCCGUCCACAGAACAGGUCCCCAGCCCUGGGGCCGAGGCCCCCUCACCGGGGGAAGACCAAGCCCCCCCACUGCUGCCCCCCACCGUGCCCCCGCCUGGAGCCUCUACGAGCAAACGGACCAACCUGAAGAAGCCUAACUCGGAGCGGACAGGGCACGGGCUGAGAGUCCGGUUCAACCCCCUGGCGCUGCUCCUAGAUGCUUCUCUGGAAGGCGAGUUUGACCUGGUGCAAAGGGUCAUCUACGAGGUGGAAGACCCUAGCAAGCCCAAUGACGAAGGGAUCACUCCGCUGCACAAUGCCGUCUGCGCCGGCCACCACCACAUCGUGAAGUUCCUGCUGGAUUUUGGGGUCAAUGUGAACGCUGCCGACAGUGAUGGCUGGUGA